AGGCGGCCCGGCUCCGCGCCAUGGGGCGGCUGGUGGCCGUGGGCUUGGUGGGGAUCGCGCUGGCGCUGCUGGGCGAGAGGUUCCUGGCGCUGCGAAAUCGGCUUAAAGCGUCUAGAGAGAUUGAAUCUGUGGACCUUCCAAACUGCCACCUGAUUAAAGGAAUUGAAGCUGGCUCCGAAGACAUCGACAUUCUGCCCAAUGGCCUGGCCUUCUUUAGCGUGGGCCUGAAAUGUCCCGGACUCCACAGCUUUGCACCAGAUAAGCCUGGUGGAAUACUAAUGAUGGAUCUAAAUGAAAAUAAACCAAGGGCGCUGGAAGUAAGAAUCAGCCGGGGUUUUGACUUGGCUUCAUUCAAUCCACAUGGCAUCAGCACUUUCAUAGAUCGUGAUGACACAGUUUAUCUCUUUGUUGUAAACCACCCGGAAUUCAAGAAUACAGUGGAAAUUUUUAAAUUUGAAGAAGAAGAAAAUUCUCUUUUGCACCUGAAAACAAUCAGACAUGAGCUUCUUCCAAGUGUCAAUGAUGUCAUAGCUGUUGGGCCAGCACACUUCUAUGCCACCAAUGACCACUACUUCUCGGAUCCUUUCUUAAAGUAUUUGGAAACAUACUUGAACUUGCACUGGGCCACUGUGAUUUACUACAGCCCAGAUGAGGUUAAAGUGGUAGCAGAAGGAUUUGAUUCAGCAAAUGGCAUCAAUAUUUCACCUGAUAAAAAGUAUAUCUAUGUCGCUGACAUAUUGGCUCAUGAAAUUCAUGUGUUGGAAAAACAAGCUAAUAUGAAUUUAACUCAACUAAAGGUGCUCCAGUUGGAUACCCUGGUGGAUAAUUUAUCUGUGGAUCCUUCCUCUGGGGACAUCUGGGCAGGCUGCCACCCGAAUGGCCAGGAGGUCUAUGUGUACGACCCCAACAAUCCUCCCUCUUCAGAGGUUCUUCGUAUCCAGAAUAUUCUAUCGGAGAAGCCCACAGUGACCACGGUUUACGCCAACAACGGAUCUGUUCUGCAGGGGAGUUCUGUGGCCUCCGUCUAUGACCGGAAGCUGCUCAUAGGCACUUUAUACCACAGGGCAUUGUAUUGUGAACUCUGAGCUGUACUUCUGAUGUGCAAGCGUGAUAACAACUGAUUGUCUAUGAAUUGCUAAUCCUAAGGGAAUUUAACCAGCAACACUGACCUGGAAAUGCAAGGCAUAAAUAGUUUAUUUUAUUUCAGGAAGCAGGGGUUCCUACAGUUCUUUAGCACUUUUAACAGUAGAGGAACAUGAACAGUUUAAAAAAAAAAAACAGGCUAGAGAGAGAGCUGCAUUCCAGUAAGGUGAAUACCUUUCGCACAAAGCAAACCUCACUCUUGUCUUCCAACUGCCAAAAUGUGGGUUCCACUGAAACAGAGUGAGAUGUGUGACCUCGGCGCCGACCCUGAGCCUGACCACUGUGACUGCUCAGAACUACUGAUAAGAUGACAUGGGUUCAUGUUUUGUACUUACAUCUUUGUUUACUAUGAGAAAAUCGGAGUUAUACGAGUAUUAAAGUUGGAUUUGAAUCUCA